UAAAAGGAGCGGCGGGUUCGAGCCCCUCGUCUUGCAGCAGCGCCUGGGCGGCCGCGCAGCGCAGCUCACCGCACUGCUGCGCGCACGGGGCCGGGGCUCCGCGCAGCGGGGAGACCGCAGCGGCACCCAGUGAAUGCCCAGCCACAGUGUUCCGGCCGUGUCCUGCCGCUGCUGCACGGGGGAGCUUCCGGGGCUUGCUGAAGGAAGAUGGCUUUCUGGACACAGUUGGGAUUGCUGCUAUGGAAGAACUUCACGUACAGGAGAAGGCAGACAUUUCAGCUGCUGAUUGAAGUUGCUUGGCCUCUCUUUAUCUUCUUUAUACUGAUCUCCGUACGCCUUUCGUAUCCGCCCUACGAACAACACGAAUGUCACUUUCCAAACAAGGCCAUGCCUUCAGCAGGAACCUUGCCCUGGGUCCAAGGGAUUAUCUGUAAUGCCAACAACCCUUGCUUCCGCUACCCAACGCCCGGGGAAUCCCCAGGUGUCGUCGGAAACUUCAACAGGUCCAUCAUUUCCCGCUUGUUCUCGGAUGCCAAGAGGUUACUCUUGUACAGCCAGAAGGACAGCAGCUUAAAGGAUACUCAGAAACUCCUGGGAAAACUGCAGAAGCUUGGGAACUCUGGCUCAGGUAACUCAAUGGGGAAAAAGAACCUUGUACAUUUGGCAGUAGAGUUUGCUGCUGCUGUUAGCCGGCACCUUUUAAAAUGUAUUUUUGCAACGGGUGGAAGGGGCCUAGUGUACGUUCAUUGUCCUUGCUCAUCAGAGCCCACCCUAAAAACAUGUUUCUCCAGGAUCAGUGUUCUGUGCUCCUUCAGUCUGUCUUUCUGGCCUACGGCAGCCAACUGCAGCAGCUGUUUUUUAAUGUAAAAUUGCCGUCCUCAGAGAGCUGCAGUGAGCCUCAUUUGAGAAAUUGCCAACGUUGUAGCCUGUUGCAUGCAUUUUUGGAAAAUACAAGUUUGUUAGGGAUUUCAAAGGCAAAUGACAGAAUAGCAAAGCCCGUUUUCCAAUACGGCUGGCACUGGCAGGAAAAAAACCAAACAACAAAUCAAAGAUACAAACGAACAUGGGUGUGAAACAGCUGAAGCGGAGCCAUAGCAUGCUAAAUCAAAGCAGAAUAUUAUCUGAAAUAAUUACCCCACUUUCCUUCUAAUGUGUAUUUAGGGCACUUAGUUAUGAUGUAGUCUAGAAGGAGUUAGACAGCAUUUUGUUUUGGAAACUGAUCAAUCUUAGGUACUUGUAUGCCCUUCAUUACUGUAGUAUCUGAAUGCCUUAUAGUGUUUCAUAUAUUUAUCCUCAGAA